GGGGCGAGUCCUUCCCGGGCAGGGACCUGAGCGGUUCUCGCGAGAGCUCUCCCUCUUCCUAGGCCGGCGCUGUGAGAGAAAGGCCAUGUUCAGUUCUAGCGCGAAGAUUGUGAAGCCCAAUGGUGAGAAGCCAGAUGAAUUCGAGUCUGGUAUUUCCCAGGCUCUCCUGGAGUUGGAGAUGAACUCUGACUUAAAAGCUCAGCUGAGAGAGUUGAACAUCACAGCAGCUAAGGAAAUUGAAGUAGGGGGUGGUAGAAAAGCAAUCAUAAUCUUUGUACCAGUUCCUCAGCUGAAAUCUUUCCAGAAGAUCCAGGUCCGAUUAGUUCGUGAGCUGGAGAAAAAAUUCAGCGGCAAGCAUGUGGUGUUCAUUGCUCAGAGAAGGAUUUUGCCCAAACCAACAAGGAAAAGCCGUACAAAAAACAAGCAAAAGCGUCCCAGGAGCCGUACACUUACUGCAGUGCAUGAUGCCAUUCUCGAAGAUCUGGUCUUCCCUAGUGAAAUUGUGGGCAAGAGAAUCCGCGUGAAACUAGACGGCAGCAGACUCAUAAAGGUCCAUUUGGACAAAGCACAACAGAAUAAUGUUGAACACAAGGUGGAAACAUUUUCUGGUGUCUACAAGAAGCUCACUGGCAAAGAUGUUAUUUUUGAGUUCCCAGAAUUCCAGCUGUAAAGUGCAAGAAUGACUGAAUAAACAGUUUAAUUGUUCAUA